UAGCUCUCAGCAUUCCGAACAGACGCAGGUGUAUCGCACUCAAAUGUUGUUCAUUUAUCCAAUUCUAGCCCUUAUUGGAGCUUACUGUUCUAUUUGCUGGCUGUACGAUAAUCUCCGAACACCGAUAUCCCUUGUCGUAUACGGGCUACUGGAGACGCUUUUGCCAAAACGAAAAUUCAGAGCAAAAUACGGAGAAUGGGCUGUUAUCACCGGUGCAUCGGAUGGAAUCGGAAAGGGCUACGCCGAAUAUCUUGCACAAAAUCACAUGGACAUUGUUUUGAUAGCUAGAAACGAGGAAAAACUAACUCGAGUGGCCAACGAAAUCAGCAAAAAGUACUCGGUGAGAACGAAGGUACUGGUGGCAGACUUUUCCGAGGGUCCAACAAUAUACGAUCAUCUUGCGAAAGAGCUUCUACCACUGGACGUUGGCAUCCUGGUGAAUAAUGUAGGUGUGUCCUAUGAGCGUGCCAUGUGUAUGGACGAACUGUCAAAGAAAAGCGUAUGGGAUCUUCUUACCGUGAAUGUGGCCUCGGUUACGAUGCUCUGCCAUAUGUUGGUGCCAUCGAUGAAACAACGUCGCCGUGGGUUGAUCGUCAACAUUUCAUCACUCUCGGCCGCAGCACCGGCCCCGUAUCUAACCGUUUACUCAGCAGCCAAGGUUUACGUCCGCAACUUCUCCAUGGCGCUGCGUGAAGAGUUACGCCCGCAUCACGUACAAGUACAAACCGUCCUGCCAGGCUUUGUGGAAACGAAUAUGACCGCAUUCGUUGCCAACGAGUAUAAAGGACAGCAAGUGGCUAAACAUCUUGUGCAGGUGGAACACUAUGUGCGAUACGCUGGAUUCACGAUUGGCAAAACGGACCGUACUUGUGGCUAUUGGACACACGGUUUACAGUACGCUGGUCUUAAGCUCGUACCGGAAUGCAUCCGUAUCUUUGUGCUGAAGACAAUUUACAACAAUUUGCGAAAGCCACAUGGCGUUCACAAAGUUGAUUAAAAUGUAAAUCUCACUCUCCAAAGAAAAACAAACGCACAUUUUUAUCCAAUGCAAGAUCAGUGUGAUCUACAGCGUGGGAAAGUCGGAUCGUCUAAGAUAACACCUCAUCCGACGGAAAAAAUUGUCGCAUGGACAAAAGAGAUGAAGAGAUUCGUGGCUUUCGAUAUUGGUGACGAAAAAGGAGUUAUGCCGCCUUAUCGAACGACAAUUCUAUGUUAAAAAAUAUUGUGAUAUUAUUAAGCAAUAAAGUCCGUAACAAAAUCGG